AUGGAGUGGAGUAGGAGAGCUAUCCCUGUCUCUGACAAUGUGGCAUUGAGAGGAGUGGCUGCUCAGUCUUCCCUUUUUCAUUGGGAAUAUAGUCCAAGUAAAGUCAUCGAUGGAAACCGCAACACUAACUAUAACUAUGGUGGAUCCUGCAGCAGCACUGUGUUUGACACCAACCCCUGGUGGAGAGUGGACUUGCUGGAUGUGUACAGAGUGACAGCUGUCAGCAUCACCAACAGAGGAGAUGCUGUUCCUGAGAGACUUGAUGGUGCUGAGAUCCGCAUCGGUAACAACAGCAUCAACAACCCCAGAUGUGUUGUCAUCUCCCACAGCAUCCCAGCAGGAGAGACCAACACGUUCCAGUGUAAUGAGAUGGAGGGUCACUAUGUUGUUGUGGUGAUCCCUGGACAGAACAAGAUUCUCACUCUGUGUGAGAUGGAACUCAUGGCACUCCUGCAGGUAAUCAUCUGUAACUGUCAUCACUCUUCACAUUCAUCCUCAAGAUCCUGCUCCCACACUGCAUAUGACACCAACCCCUGGUGGAGAGUGGACCUGCUGGAUCUGUACAGAGUGACAGCUGUCACCAUCACCAACAGAGAUGUUGUUCCUGAGAGACUUGAUGGUGCUGAGAUCCGCAUCGGUAACAACAGCAUCAACAACCCCAGGUGA